UGUCCCUGAGAAAGCUGGGAAAGGUUGUGUUGGUGGUUGUGGUAUGAGGGGAUUUCUAACUCAAAGUUUGUAAAGAUAACAAGGCAGAUACCUAGCACAGUGAUGGAUCCAAAUGCUGAACAAAGAGAGGAGUUCUAUGGACGACUGGAUAAGCAUAUUCAAACAAACAUUAGCAAGUUGAAGAGAGACAAGUAUGUUGUAACAAGGGAAAUGCAAGACACUGCCCUGUCUCUACUCAAGAUAAAGAAAGGGCUGAAAUGCAAGCAAGGAGCAAGGAUGAAGUUUUGGGUGCAUGAAAAGUUCUACCCAGGACCUACAGGGAUGGAACUGCUCUGCAAAAAGACUCAUAAACCUGUUGUAGUGAAAGAGGAUCUAUUUGAUGUGAUUCAUGGCUACCACUGUAAGAUUGGACACAGAAAGAAGGAGGGCACGUGGAAAGAAGUGUGUGCUCGACACUCAUGGGUCAAACGAGACAUUAUUGAUAUUUACAUCACAACAUGCAAGACCUGUUGUGGGGAGUUAUCGAACAACUUUAUCCGAACCAAACCACUGACCACAGAUAUGGUGGUUGCUAGUCAGGGCUUCAUGACGAGGCUAGCACUCAGUGUUAUCAACAUGGUUGACAUGCCAGAUGGAGAGUAUAAUUACAUUCUGGUUCUUCGAGAUUGUGCCACCAAAUUUGCCACAGCAUGGCCUAUUAGAAAUGGAGAUGAAAUUAUUGGAUGUCUGCUACAAUUUUUCGGACAAUUUGGUCCGCCGAAAUUUCUACAUGCCUCAGAAACACAAGUUCCAAAUAUUGCAGAAACGCUGAACGAACUGAAACUGUAUUGGCCGAAUUUGAUUGUUCUUCUUGGUAAAACUGAUCAUACGGCAUUUAUCGGUGUGGGUGAGCGAUCAUGUGCAGAUCUACAGAGCAAACUCGGUGCAUGGAUGGCUCAAUAUGAGGACGACAAGGUCGGCUGGGCUAAAGGUUUAGGAGUGGCCAUCUUUCAAAUGAACUCAGCUGUCAGUUCGGAAUCUUUCCGAUCUCCUUUCCAGUCAGUGUUUGGACAAACACCCAGUGAACCAGACAUGAUAUGGAAAACUGUUGCUUGUCGAGGCUGGACAAGUGAAACACAAAUUCCAGAAUACAUGAUGAAAAUGUUUGAACUAAAGGAGGCAGAGAAAAUGUCUUCUGCAAACAGACAAAGCGGACAAAAUGAACAACAGAAGCCAGGGCCAGUGAUUGCCUCAACAGUUACUUUGGCUGGUAACCAGCACCCUCCAGUUCAAUCCCAGACACCACAAGAAGAACCUGUAAACACCCGUCACGUGCCCCUAAAAUAUGCUGAUCAUGUGACCCCAAAAUAUGCUGAUCAUGUGACCCAACAAGCAGGUGAUCCUAUGACCUCAGAAGCAGAAGAGGAUCAAGUUACUCCAGAUUGUGAGAUUGAAAUCAAGAUUGAGAGAGCUGAUGAAGAUGAAAUCGCAGAUGAUUAUGGUGGCGGUGCUAACGACUCUCCAAUGUUUACUUACAAAUACUGAAGUGAAACUGACAAUAUGAUUAUUGAAAUAUUUCACGACAGUAUUUGGACCCAGGGACCUAAGGGCAUACCUAUACAGAUCAAGAAUACCUCUUCAUUUUGAAUACUGCUCUAGGGUGCAGCAAUACAUGUUCGUAUUCAUUUUAAUUUGCUAUUGUAAUGGCAAAACAAUAACAGAAUGGCAUUUGUCACUGUCUAGUUUUAACGAUAUCAGUGAUUUUAGCUUUUUUAAAUAAAGAAAACCAUAACCUG